CUCCUUGCUAAAUAAAGCAAGUAGGUAGCAAAUUGAGGAAAGUCCACUUGCAAGUUGCAGCCACCACCAAGAAAAGCCCCCCUCCCCGGCCGGCCUCUCUCCUCCCUUAAGGAAACCUUUGAGCUUUCUUCUUCCAGCUCCCCCUAGAUCUCCUACCUUCUUUGGCACACAUCUCACAUUCACUGCGUUUGGCUUCUGGCCGGCCACCAAGAUCUUGUCAGCUUCCUCUCUUAAUUUGCCCGGCCAUUUUUACAGAGAGAGGAAGGAGAUGGGGAGGGGAAAGAUCGUGAUCCGCCGGAUCGACAACUCGACGAGCCGGCAGGUGACUUUCUCCAAGCGGCGCAACGGGAUCUUCAAAAAGGCCAAGGAGCUCGCCAUACUCUGCGACGCCGAGGUUGGGCUCAUGAUUUUCUCCAGCACCGGUCGCCUCUAUGAGUACUCUAGCACCAGCAUGAAGUCAGUGAUAGAUCGAUAUGGAAAGACCAAGGACGAGCAGCAGGUCGUCGCAAAUCCCAACUCGGAGCUUAAGGGCCGAUGCUAGCGGCCACGGACAUGGCACCCAGUCCACACCGCCUGCCGGUCGUGGCUGGCGUCAAAGCACGCGGUGGUGCAGUGCACGAGAAACCGUGCAGCGGUGGAUAGCACCGAUCAGCCCUGCACCCCUUUGCUCGUCUCUUGCAAGAUAAUCUAAUCCGGCGCCGACGCGUAUCGAGAGCGGUCACUGCAGGGAGGUGCUGCGCGGGCAGUUGAGUCGGCGGCGGCGGCCUGGGAAGGCAGCGCUGUGGGAAUAGAAAAAGAAAGGUUUGAUGGAGUGUAAAGAGACACGAAAAAUCAGAACAUGCAUGAAAAUUGAUGCACGGCGGACGACGACGAAGGAAACUUCCUGCUUUUAUUAUUAGGGAGGAUAUAUGAAAGAUAUACUAUACAGUAUAUGCUUUGAAUAGCAAUGCAAGAUCCGCACAGGGUUCUAACUAUAACCGGAGAAAAAACGAUUAACGACGUGCUCUUAACAUUGUUUUUAUUACGCAUGCUUAAAUUGCUUCACCAUGGAACUGCUGCCUAUCUAUAUAGAGAACUAACACUUCAUUCAGGAAUACUUCGCUUUGGCAUUAAAGAUAUUAAACGUUUAGAGCACUAGCCAAUGUGUACUAGCAACAAUCAUUUGCAUUUAUGGCAAAAGAGAAACAAAUUAACCGUGCAAUGGUCUAGUGAUGUAAAGAAGUGCAAAUAAUCGACCCUACAAGAUUGCUAUGCUAUAAAUGGGACAUAGAAAGACUACUCUGAUAGUCUGAUGCUACUGAUAGUUAAUUUUAUUUUCAACCCGAGUUGGAAUACAUGAUACAAUUUGAGAGAAGGAGAGCGCUCGUAAGAUUUUUUUCGUUGGGCCAAGCCAUGAUUUGGAUCUGCAGAGAAUACGUCACCUAGCAGGCUAGGAAUGGACUCAACUUGGGCCGGGCUUAGCAGUGUCAGUCUGUUACCAUGAGUUAGAGCAGCGUUCUGCUAAAAAACAAAUUGAGUAAGAGCAGCGAGUGAUUUGCACUACGGGCCCCUGAACAAUGUGAGAGGCAUAGUCAGACUCCGGUCUGCUACAGCAUUCUACCCUGUGGGCACUCGGGACCGAGAGGGGAUGCUGACAAUCUCUAAUUUUAAACAAAACCCUGUAUCAAGUUGCAACCAUGUGUUUCCCUGGAGUAGAAUAAACAUACUCCAAUCAAAGAAAAGGGAAGUAUUAUAGCGUAAUGUUUUUUAGGGAUAUUAUAGCAGAAUGCUUGCAACUAUGACUUGAACUAGUCGCGGUCAAAAGCUUUUACAACACGCGUACUAAGUUGCUACUCAUUUCCCAAGCAAAUAAAAACUGGGGCACUUGUCUUUAUUUCGAAAAGCAUAACCUGGAAUGGGCAGCUUAAAACGGAGUUCAGCUUAAAACACUGUCCAACGGGUUGCAUCUUAUACUUAGUAAAAUGUUGUUUCGUUUACACUCAAUCCAAAAGUACAGUUAAGCGCCACCAUUAUACUUGCAGAACGAGAGAAAAAUCUAAAUCGCUGUUCCACAGAAGCCUGUAGCGUGUUAGCCUACAGAUGAACAUGUCCAGUUGAAAUUCUUGCGCAAGCUCAAGACAGCUCCAGACAUUACAGGGCCACCAGGAGAACAUUCCUCGGGACUAUCCAGAGACUCCCUUCGAACGAGAUCAAGCAGAAUCCCUCAAAUACAAGGCUUCAGUUUCGCUAACAUGCCAGCCUCUGAGCCUGCGUAAGAAGAAAGCAGAAUCAAGCCAUAACAUUAUCAAACUGUCAUACCAGCAAGCAGCCCUGUUGUCAGUUAUACCAACCUUACAGACCUUCGUAUGCACCAGUUGGUUUACUAGCUGAGCACUUUAAAUAAGUACAUAUUGGUAAUUAAAGACUUUAACAAGACAGGAUAUCCAUAUUUCAAAAUGGACAUGCUUGCCUGCGUUUUCCAGAAAUGUUAUUUCUCGCUUAGUUGUGCAGCUACUGUGCAAAUGUCAUGCAUCGGAAUAUUCUCUAUGCCAAUAACUAAUCAUGUUUGCUA